AGGAGGAGGAGACAAGGAGGAGGAGGAGGAGAGAACUCCCCGUUAGCUAGAGCAGGAGGAGGAGGAGGAGGAAGAGGAGAAGCAUUCCCUUCCCACGUGAAGAGCCCCCCUCCUCAGCUCAGCUUCCCUCCUGGAAGAAAGCGAGAGCCGUGGCCCGGACGGAGCAGGAGGGCAGGCGAGCUGAGAGAGCCUCCUCUUCCUCCUCUCUUCCCGUUAUGAGCCUCCCUCCUCCUCUUCUUUUCCUCUUCCCAUUUGAGCCGCGUUGGGAGUGGGCUGCGGGGUCGUGAGAGGCCUCUCCCCGCUCUCCUCCUCCUCCCUCUCCCUUCCUGGAAGGCUCUUCCUGGCUCCUUGCGCGCCCUCCUCCUCCUUCUCCUCUUCCUCCUCCUCCUUCUCCUCCUUCCCUCCAAUGCGUGCGGGUUUCCCUUCCUCGCCGCCCUCCAUCGCAGCCCCUGCCCGGGACGAAUGGGCUCCUCGGCCUCCUCCCGCUGCUCUCCAAUAAGAGGAUCCCCCCUCCUUUCGCCGGGUCCCCCUCCCCUCCUUUUCCUCCUUCCUCCCCCGCUUUCCCUGCCGGAGAAGCUUCCUCUCGCUUGAACUCGCUUGCCAUUUCCCUUCCCGCUGGUUCUGGUUCUCCUCCUUCCCCACCUGCCUGAGAAAGGGAGAGGUGGGGGACUCCUCUCCGGACCCCCCCCCUCCCUCCCUCCGAUGCCUUGGGCGCCUGCCUGCUUGGAUGCUCCGAGGAGAAGGCGGAAAGCGGGGGGAUGCUUCCCUCGGAGGAGGGAAGGAUGCCGACGCGGGUAAGAAGGAGGAGGACUUGAGGCUUGGCGUGGCCAUGGAUGGGGCGGCAUGCUCGAGGGUCGCCUUGGUCUCGCUGCUGCUCCUCGCCCGACGCCUAUGGCUCUGGAGGGCUCUCCCUCUCCUCCUCCUCCUCCUGCUGCUCUCCAGCCCGGCUUCUUCGGCCUCGCCAGAUGACAUAUAUUUGGAGCAGCAGAACAUCUCCUCUCUUUUUCCAAGUCAAAGCACCAUGAACAGCAUGACACAUGAAGCCUUAACAAAAAGCACAAUAGAUCCCAAGGCAAAUGAUGUGUUUCCUGAGGAUUUUUUGCCAUCUGUUACUUCUUCUGAGGGGACCUUAACAGACCAGGAAGGAACAAUUACCAUCGCGGAUGGACAAAACAUACAAGCAUUGGAUAUUUCAGUAACAAGCAAUGAGGCAGUCUUAAGUGACGAUAGAUUUAUUAGUGCAUUUGCAAAUGCACAACAGACUCCUUCCUUAAAGUCUUUUACAGAGGACUAUCAUUCAGGUUCCUAUCCAGUGAAGCCAACAAAAGCAUCAUCACAAACGUUAUUGUUAGCGCCGUCAUCGUCUAUUCUAUCCUCGCUGCUUGACUACACAGAAACACUGCAAACACCUUUGCAAAGGGCUGAUUCUGUGCCCCAUGACUUUUUGCCAUAUUUGAAGCCUUUUGACUUGACAGCUGUAACUCUGACUCCAAGCAGAGACUUGUCCCAGGAUUACUUAAAUUCUGUUGCUGUGGUGGAUGACACAACUGGAAAAGAAAGGGAGACCUCCCCCUUUUAUGCACUGUCCUCAACAUCUUUGCUUUCUGAAGCUGUUGAGGAAAGUUCGCCCAUGUUUAUGAGACAGAUAAAUGAGAAUACACCAAUUAUACCAGAUACUUCAACAAGAAACCUUGAUACAUACACAGGGGUCCAUUACAAUAUUAAUAGUCAUGUGACAGGAACUCUUGGUUUAAGAAAUACAUCUGUUCUGAGCAUUUUUAAGGAGACUCCUGUUUCAUUAGCUAACACAGGGACUGUUACGUCUUCAACACAACUUCCAUUUGUUUUCCUCCCUGCUCCCCCAGAUAGCAUUCUGACUGUUUCUGAGAAUCUUUUCAGUGAGGAAUUGUUUUCUUAUCAAGUCUCCAGAGGUAUGGCACCAGUUUUGCAUGGCAGUUCAGAAAUAACGUCUCCAGUUGAGGUCUUCAGUGACUCUAUAAGACCAGUGCCUUUCACUAGACCAUAUGCUUCAUGUUCCUACUGUGACUUCACCUCAGUUCCUUCAGAGCCAGUUUUUUCAGUGCAGCCAUCAGAAACUGAUGUUGGCUCAGGUGAUUAUGUUGAGACUCUGUCAUUCAUGGCCUCAGAAAUAAACGUUACACCACUUACAUCAGUAGUUAGUGACUUGUAUGAUGUACAGGAUUCUCCUCCAGAAGUCUUUGAUACUACCUUUCCCUCAAGACCAGUUGUUCCCUUGUCUUCAAGGUUUACAGAAGUCUCCAAGUCACACGAUAUGGGAAAUAGCCUUAAAGAUGUAAUAUUUACGUCAGUUUUCCCUCCCUAUGUCCAGCCUUCUGAUAUUAUAUCACUGGAACAUACUUACAACAGUUUUCCUAAUUCUGUGACCAAAACAGCUACAUUGACACCUAACAUUGUGGAGGAUGUACCAUUCAGUGUUGCCAUGGUCCCCUCUGAGUCUGCCUUCAUUGAAAGUGUGAGCACACCAUCCAUGACAAUCAUGAAUUCAAGCCUACUGGAAACACCUGAAUUUAUGCCACCAAUGUCCACACAUUUCCUUGGCAAAACAGUUGAGGGUUUUCCCACAGAAGAAUCUGCUGUAAAUAGAUCAGACAUUCCAUCCAGCCUUUCAUUAACACUUUCUCCCUCUGAGCCAGAUGUCUUGUCACAUUUGUCAUCUGCAACAACCACAUCGUUCCUGCUAAUGCCAAGUGAUUUAUCAACAUUUGUACCUCACAUUUCACCCACAUUCCUUCCAUCAUCUGUGCUUUUUGACAGUUCUCCUACUUGGGGUUCUUCUGAACUCCCAGCUGUUGAUGUCACAGGCAUAGAGACGUCCCAGCCUUUUUCAUGGCAGUCUUUAUUGUUUAAUGCAAGCUCAUUUUCCAUUCCAGUCACGCACAGUUCUGCAACAGUGCCAUCAAGUUUCUAUAUGAACUCCUCUGUGUCACUGGAACCAGCUUCAACUUUACUGAUAGAAUCUGAAUUUCACUUUACCUCAGCUUUCUCAGAAGCUACCUCUCCAUAUGAGUCAUCGUCUUUAGCCAUUGAUACAAGUGGCCCUGUGCAGGUGCUGUCCACCUCUGUUUUGGAGCCUACUUUCACUAGCAAUAUGUUGGGUGAUGAACCUCGUGUGACCUCAUGGUUCUCCUCUCUACAGACAGCGACUAUCUUGACAUCUUCAUCCCCUUUCUAUACUACUACUGCUACUAUGGAGGAUACUGGUGCUACUGCUAAUCUCAGUUUCGUUUCCUCUUUCACUGAGGCAGCUGUUAACACACAUUUUUUUACAACUACCCCCUAUGUCCCCCCAUUGGCUACCGACAGGAGCAGUAUGAAAGUCUCCCCAACUGAAUCAAUGGGCAUAUGGUCAUCAUCUGUUCCUACAGUGAUGCCUUCAUCUGUAAUUACUUCAGUUGAACCUGGCAUUCCAGCACAAACUAACACAACUGAAUUUACCAGUGUGACAACUUCUGCUGUCACUACUUCUAGUAGCAAAACAGGCCUUUCUGAAAUUACCAGCAUUACACCAGGUUCUUCCUCUUCAACCUCUUCAUUGGGCACUACUCCACAAGUUACAGUGGCAACCAUUCCAGCUACCACAACUAGACAGCCCUACAUUUGUGAUAUCACAGUUCCUGAUAAAUACCUAGUGACAGCAGCACUUGCCCGGAAAUCUGUAUUAGAAAAUGUCAGUAAAUCGAUCAAAGAAAUCUUGAAAGCCGAGUUUAGGAGACAAGUAGAACUGGAGGUUUAUGGUCUUUCCCCCAAAUUCUCUUUUCUGGUGACCUCAGGUCCUUAUGUUUACACAGCAGUUGCUGUCAUCAAUGCUCUUGUGAACAGCAGUCUUCUUCAUGGUCAGAUACCUGCCAUUUCAUCCUUGCAGCCCUCUUUCCCUGUUCCUGAUCACAAGUUCCAGGUGCAGACCGUACUUCAGUUUGUGCCUCAAAGUGUUGAUAGUCGGCUCUGUAACUUCACCCUGCGCAUUGAAAAAGGGCUGACAGUUGCGUUUAUGGAAGUAAGGAAACAUCACUUGGACAAUUCCAAUGUUACUGUACAGAUAUUGAAUAUAACUCUGGGUAGGUCUAGAGGUGUAUUUCGGCAAGGCCCUGUGCAUAUUAUAUUUGCCAUUCGAGAGAAACGUGGAUUCUUAAAUGGUUCUGAAGUCAGUGAACUGCUGAGGAAUCUGUCUGUGGUAGAAUUCAGUUUUUACAUGGGUUUUCCUGUACAACAGAUUGCAGAACCUGUUUAUUACCCUCAGCUGAACACAUCUCAUCUGAUGAAGUCUUCCUGGGUGAGAACGGUUGUCCUGGGUGUUGUCAGUCGGAAAAUUCAAGAGGAGGUUUUCCAGGCUGAGAUGGAGCGGAAACUGGCCCAGUUGUUAAAUGAGGCCCUGAGCAGAGGUCGAAUAUGGAAAAGAGCAACGUUUGCUGGAAACAAUGUUGUGCAGAUUGUGAACAUGUCACGUUUAGAGGAACCUGACAACCCAUUUAUGCUGGUUUAUUUUGUGGAAGAUCAAGACGGCGAAAGGCUUGGUGCUGUGAAGACAGCAGAUCUGAUUAACAGAGUGGAUAUUCAGAGGGCUGCCAUCAUUCUUGGAUACCGCAUUCAAGGCCCAGUGGCUCAGCCUGUGGAUAGAGUUAAAGAAUCUCCCCCAGAGUCACAGAACAAUCUUUGGAUUAUUGUUGGUAUUGCUGUCCCAGUUGCUGUAGUCCUGCUCAUCAUCAUCAUUUUAUACUGGAAGCUCUGCCGUACUGACAAACUGGAAUUUCAGCCAGAUACCAUGAACAACAUUCAACAACGACAAAAGCUGCAAGCCCCCAGUGUGAAGGGCUUUGAUUUUGCAAAGCAGCAUUUAGGGCAGCACAACAAAGAUGACAUCCUGAUCAUACAUGAGCCGACUCCUCUGCCAGGACCAAUUAAGGACACCACCCCAUCUGAAAACGGUGACCUGCCGAGUCCCAAGACCAAGAUCUCUUCAAAGCCAUCCAAGAAUGUCCGACACAGAGGGAGAGUUUCCCCUUCUGAUGCUGACUCCACUGCAAGUGAACAGUCAAGUGGUCGAGAAACGGGAGAAGAAACUGCAAGACCACAGACUGCUGUCAAUGAAGUCAAACCCCACCGAGUGACCAAGGCUGGAGUCAACAGAGUCGGUCCUCCACAGAUCAGCAAUGGGACAGAGCAACACUCUUCAGCCUCCAUCUUUGAGCAUGUGGACAGAAUGUCUCGAUCCUCUGAAGUCAGUAGAAGGAUGCCCAGUAAGAUCCAGCUGAUUGCUAUGCAGCCAAUUGCAGCACCUCCAGUUCAGAAUCAACCACUUUCUGAUCGAGUAGCAGAAACCAACAAAAUUAACAAGGAGAUCCAAACAGCCCUGAGGCACAAAUCUGAAAUAGAGCAUCAUCGCAAUAAGAUUCGGCUUCGAGCGAAGCGGAAAGGACACUACGAGUUUCCUAUUGUGGAUGACAUGGUUAUUAUUGAUACCAAAGAGCAGCAGAGAAUGUAUCGAAAGGCUCAGAUGCAGAUAGACAAGAUCUUGGACCCUGCGGGCAAUAUACCUACUGUUUUCAUUGAACCCAGGAAGAGUUCAAGGGCCAAACGUUCUCCAAGACAGCGUCGGAGACACCAGAUUAAUGGGAGUCCAAUGGAUGCUGACAAGGACCGCCUAAUAACCACUGACAGUGAUGGGACAUAUAAGAGGCCUCCUGGAGUCAACAAUUCUGCAUAUAUUUCUGAUCCUGACCUUCCUGCUGAGCCUCAGACAACUUCUUCAACUGAAUUGGGGAAGUUCUCCGGCUUGCCUCUUCACACGUCUCAGUACAUCCCUCCUCAACCGUCCAUCGAAGAGGCCCGGCAGACAAUGCAUUCUCUCCUGGAUGAUGCUUUUGCUCUGGUGGCCCCCAGUAGCCAAGGAUCCAGUUCUGCUGCCAUUACACACCCUGGAGGGUCUGGGGGGCAACCAACAAACACUCCAGUUCGUACAGCAAGGGACACCCCAAGCAGCCAGUGGGGGUCUCCAUAUGGCCCAAGUCACACGAGAUACAUGGAAUUUGGUAUGACUCCUCCAUCAGCACCAGGCCUGCUACAAAGCAGGCAAAACCUGGGGCCAGGUUUCCUUCCUCCUGUCGAAUUAAUACACCCGGACCAGCAGUCAUCUGAUAUACAGUAUUCCACUAGAGGGAUCUACCCAGAGGAAAUGCCAUCCGUGGCUCGACCACGACCAGUUGGAAGCACUGCAGGUUCUCAGAUACAGCACCUCACUCAGGUGGGAAUUGCUAGCAGGAUCGGAGGUCAACAAGUGGAGAUCCCCUCAGGCAGAGCAGGGCAUGGCCAGCCGGGGGAACCAGGGUGGCCCCCGUAUCGUGGAGAGGAUGAAUAUGCUAGGAGAGAUGCAACACAUAUGCCUGGACCUCCAGAAUAUUCCUCCUCACCAGUAUUCCCGAUGCCGAGGACUUCGGCCCGGCAGCCCUCAGCGCCUCCUGUUCAGCUUCCACACAGCAACCAUCAGGGCACGGGGCUCUGCUACAACACCAGCUCCACUGAGGACCUCCAGCAGCCAGGACACUCCUCGGCCUCUCUCAUCAAAGCAAUCCGGGAGGAGCUCCUCCGGCUCUCUCAGAAACAGACCAUUGUGCAGAACUUCCACAGUUGAUUUGUCACGUUCCUUGCAAAUCUGCCAAGUAUCCGCUUCCCGUGGAAGCUGAGACUCACAGGAAACCGGCAAGAGCCUGUUGUUCUUCUCUCAGAGGAAUGAGCCUAUACAACACCAGA